AUGGCAUCUGAUUUGAUACAUGCGGCCUUUGGAAAGGAGUCGGCAAACCUGUACGACUUGCUCGGCGUUUCCAACGAUGCAAGUCCUGCUCAGAUCCGAAAAGGGUACUACAAGGCUGCAUUGAGAUGGCAUCCAGACAAAAAUCAGGGUUGCAAAGAUGCCACGCAGAGGUUUCAAGCCCUUGGCGAGGUGCAUCACAUUCUAAGCGACCCGGACCUGCGAGCCGAAUACGACGCGACUGGUUGCUACCCAAGCCAGGAGGGGUUCGAGACCAAGUUGCGCACCUAUUUCACACAGCUUUUCAAGCCAGUCACAAAGGAGCGCAUCAGCGAGUUCGAGAAGCAGUACGUUGGCUCCAGCGAGGAGAGAAAGGACGUACUCCGUGCGUACAUUGAGGGAAGCGGGGAUAUUGGCUACAUUGUGGACAAUGUGAUGCUUGCAAACGAAGGGGAUGCAGGGCGAUUCGAAGACUUGGCCACGCAAACAAAGUGUUGUCCACAAGUUUCUAUGAGUCCUCCGACCAGGUCGUUGCUGCCAUCGCGUCUGGAGAGGUGGAUCGUUCGCCUGGUCUCGCAAGAUCGGGCAAAGGUUCUGCCCAGGCAAAGAAGAGGCAACGCAAGGCGGCCAAGGAGGCUUCGGAGGCCAAGCGGGCAGCAGCACCGGAGCGCGGAAUCAGUGAAUUGGCGAGCGCCAUCCGUUCUCGUCAGGAGAGGUCUCAAGGCUUUCUGGCGCAGCUGGAAGAGAGGUACAGCUCUGGCACGAAACGGCCGCGAACGGCCAAGAAACGACCAGCAGCAGCCUGACAAGGAAAAGGUGAUUGAUGCUGGUGAUGUGUGGAUAUGCUGCAUGCUGAUACGGGCUUUCUGUGUCCUCAGAUGCCUUCAGGUUCUUUAUACAAAUUUGCAGAUCAGUUCAGCCGCUGUGUCUUUCAAACGCAUCUAUGCAAGCGACAGCUCGCGGAGCCUGCACUGUUCGUGCUGCAGCAUCACAUCAACAAAGUCCGGAUUGGAGUAUCUUGCUGUCUACACCUUGGCUCUGCAGCUUUGCACGCACUAA